GAUUAACAGAACAGAGAAAGAGAGAGAAGGAAGGAUUAACAGAACAGAGAAAGAGAGAGAAGGAAGGAUUAACAGAACAGAGAAAGAGAGAGAAGGAAGGAUUAACAGAACAGAGAAAGAGAGAGAAGGAAGGAUUAACAGAACAGAGAAAGAGAGAGAAGGAUAAAGCAUAUGCUGUGGACGGAGUGAGAGACGGAAUCAGUCCUAAAUCUUUUCUCUGGAUGAGCUCAGACUCUGACGGAGCGUUUGAGACGCCAGAGUCAACCACCCCUGUCAAGUCCCCCACGGAGACAGACCCUCAUACCCAGCUGCUGACCUCGGAAGACACCGGUCUUCGCGGUGACUCUGAGGCAGACGGUGAACCCGGGUCAGAGGCUAAAGGUCACCAUGGUAGCUCCCUGUCCAUAGUCUUUGACGAGGACAAGCCCAUAGCUGCUAGCGGAGCGUAUAACCUAGACCAGCUCAUAGCUGCUGCUGCUGCUGCGGCUGCUGCUGCUGAGGCCGAGAGCCGAUCAACUCUAACCCGCUCUCUGAGCCUCCAGGCUGGGGAGCUCGACGGCACCGGCCCCCUAGACGGCGGAGGAUCCUCCAUCUCAAGCGGAGACUCCCGUCCCUUAGCUGAGGCCUUUAGUGUUGACUGUGGUACUGAGAGUGCUCCAGGGACUCUCCGCAGACCCUCCAAGAAGGGGCCUCUCCGCCCAGGCGGCUCCCCGAAAAAGAAGCCUCUCCCCAGGCAGAGCUCUAACCUAGAGAGCCCCCGACUGCCGUCCUCUGGAACCACACCGGAGCUGGAGAAGAGUGCCGAGCCCACCAGAGCAGCCAGACCCCUAUUGGUCUCUGAGGAUCUGGAAGUAGGAGGAGUCACAGUAGACUCCGCCUCUCUCACUGAAGAGACCAAUCACACUAGCCCAGAGACAGACAAUCAACUAAUCCUGGCCCCUACUUCUAUUCUGACCCCGACCCCAGCUAUCUCUAUACCCAACCGACAGGAGGACACCCCCAUCUCCGUGCCGGAGGCCCCCCCAGGCAGCGAAGGCUCUCCCCUCAGUGGGACCUACAAAUGGGACCCAGACAACUUUGAAGACAUCGACCCAUUCAACUCCCCGCCGUUGGGUAGUAAGGGAGGCGUGCUGUCCGUUGUCUCUAACCCCCCAGAGCCCCCUAACGCCAAGCCAACUCUUCCCUCAACCAGCCCCCCUAUUCGAACCUCAGGGGCGGUCAGACUGGAGUUUGACUAUUCUGAGGAGACCCUCGAGGAGCCUCCCAAGGCCUCUCCACCACCCAAGAAGCUGGGCAAAAAAGCAGGCUCCAAGAUGCCUCUAAGGAAGCCCAGGAUUGGUCUGAAGAAGGCCGUCCAGCCCCCAUCUGAACCCCUAGACAACAGCCUAAUCCCCGAUGACAUCCCCGUCUCUAAGCCCUCCUAUAACUCUGACCCGGCUCAGUGGGACGACCCUAACUUCAACCCGUUCGGCUCUAACAGCGGGAUCCCUAUCUCUCCCGAGCUGAACAAACCCUCCUAUAGUUUUGACUCUGACACCUUCCAUGAGUCAGCUGUCAACUCCUUCAAGGGUUCGUCCAAUAGGACGGCUGCGUUUCCAUCCAAGGCUGCCUCUGGCUCCGCCUCUUUCGAGGUGUCGGCCAAUGACGACGAGGUUGAUAACGAUAAUGAUGAAGUUAGGGGGCUGGAGGACCACAACCAGAACAAACCGGCCAAGACGAAGAAGAAACCAAUCAAAUCGAAGUCGAAGGGUUCCUCUCUGUGUUGUCUGUUUAAUACUUUCAGAGUCAAGAGGUCCCCAAAGAGAUCGCCCAUGUCUGAUGUAUCAUCACAAGAGCCCACCCCAGUAGAUGAAGCUCAGCCUCCUAUCCCCCCGCUACAGGACGACCACGCUACAGACGAAGAGAAGCUGGCCUCUUCCUCCAAUCAAAAAGAGAAGCUGGUCUCCUCAGCCAACCACAAGUGGGCAUCCAGGGAGGCAGAGAUAACCUCUGACCCCCAUGAGGACUUCCCUCAACCCUCUGACCUCACAGCCUUUGUCAACAGUCGAGUGUCCGACUAUGAGAUUGAGUACAUGGAAAAGAUUGUCUCUUCUUCAUCGAAACCUUCUGCUCUCUACUUGAAGCUGGACUCUGUGACAGACCCUAACCACAGAUCAGAACCGAACUCUCCCUGCACAGGGAGCUUUGAGGAGAUAGAGGCCCAGAUCACAGCCCAGAUGAAGACCCCGGUGCUGGGCUCUCGGCCCGGUCCGGAGGGGUCCCGGCCCGGUCCGGAGGGCUCUCGGCCCGGCCCGGAGUGGUCUCGGCCCGGUCCGGAGUGGUCCGCUGGAGAGAAGGAGAAGACCAGGAAGAGAGAGAGCCGGUCACUCAGCCGGACACAGAGCACAGACAGGGAUCAUGGACUGCUACCCACCCAGGGCCCUAUGGAGGUCCCAGCCCCAGACGCACCCCACUUAACCAGGCUGUCUGAGUGCCCUGACCCCCUGGUGCACCUGGAGGCUGUGGAGGCUGACCUGGCAGAGACCAACCCCCCUGCCUUCGCCCUCAAACUACAGUCCCUCCUCAAGAAGCCCAGCAGGUGGAAUCUCUUCAGUUCACCCAAACAGAGAGACAGAGAAGUGAUGUCAUCAACAGUGGACAGGGACAGCAUGGUGACCAAGAAUUGCCUUUACACCCAGACGGCGAGCUACGGAGACGGGGAGAGGGAGAGUCCCUACCUAUCCAAAGACCUAGAUUACUCUCUGGGCAUCGCACGAGAAGAGAUCGUGUCCAAGGAGAAGGAGGUACUGGAGUGGCAGAGGAAAUACGAGGACAGUCGACAGGAAGUGCUGGAGAUGAGGAGAAUCGUGUCCGAGUAUGAGAAGACCAUUGCACAGAUGAUUGACGAUGAGCAGAAGGAUAAGUCUCUGUCUCACCACACCAUCCAGCAGCUGACCGUAGAGAAGGACCAGGCUCUUUCAGACCUCAACUCAGUAGAGAAAAGUCUGGCUGAACUGUUCAGACGAUACGAGAAGCUGAAGGACGUCCUCGAGGGCUACCGCAAGAAUGAGGAGGUGUUGAAGAAAUGUGCUCAGGAGUACCUGUCCCAGGUGAGGAAGGAGGAACAGCGUUACCAUGCCCUGAAGAUCCAUGCCGAGGAGAAACUAGACAGGGCGAACUCUGACAUCGCCCAGGUGAGGAUGAGGGCUCGUCAGGAGACAGCAGCGUACCAGGCCUCUCUCAGGAAGGAGACCAUGAAGGUGGACUCACUGGAGAGAACCCUAGAGCAGAAGAACAAAGAGAUCGAAGAGCUGACCAAGAUCUGUGACGAGCUGAUCGCCAAGAUGGGGAAGAGCUAGCAACGCUGAACACGUCCUGCCCAUGUCUCCAGGGCCUCAGGGGGACUGAGUGGUCGAGGAAAACAGAAGAAGGACAGAGAGAGGAAGCUUCCUCUUCUACUUCCAUCCCUGAACAGAUGGAUUUGACGGACAGCUGAGGAUGACAGACUAUUUCCAUGUAUCUACUGGCAACAUCGCCCCCAAGAGUAUUGGAGGGUAACUCCUGGUCAAUGGCUUCCUCACCAUGUACAGUUUGAUGUGCCAAUGUGUACCACGUAUCCUGUAUCAAUGGUUUGAUGAAAGGGACUUAAAAAUGGUUGUCAUGAAUGAGAGAGAGAGUGUGUGAGUC